GUUAAAUUUCAUGGAUUACAAACUAAAUCAAUGUUCUCAUUCAGAUCCUAUUCCUUAUAACAAUCAGUUCUUUUGCAAACUUUGUGGAAUUCAUUUACCGUCAGAUGGAAAUAUUCCUAUUAAAUCAGCUAAAUUUUCAUUUCCUGCUCAUCUAAAUCCAAUCUAAAAUCUAUAAUCACAAUGGGUUAGAUAAGUUCCUGUUGUUUAAUUUCCAUCAGAUUAUUUAAAGGUAAUUAUAUUAUAAAUAACUAAUAGUAACGAUUAUCCUUAAUUGAUUAUAUUAUUGAAUGGAGUGAAAAGCUAUCUUUGUCAAUCAAUUCCCUUUUCUUAGCUGUUUAAUUCUUAGAUUAUUUUGUAUCAUCAAAAAAUAGUGAUCCUCUUCAAUAUCGAUUAUAUGCAGCUACUUGUUUAAUGCUUGCAGGUAUUAAAUAUUCUUAAUUUAAAACUUAGCAAAAACUAUAGAAUUAGAUGAAAAGAUUCCUUUUAUCAGUAAACUCAGAAGAUAUACUUAUUUACCUUAUCCUACUUAAGAUUUUAGAAAAUGUGAAUGUUAAAUCAUCAAAUCUUUCAACUGGAAUCUAUAAUAUACUACUAUAAUAGACUGGGCUGAAACUGCCUUAUCAUUAGGAAUUGUCUAUGAAUAAGAUGAACUCUCAUAGUCUGAAUCUAUUCUGAAAGAAAGAACUACUAAUAUUAUUUAACUAAAUUUAAAUCAAUAAAAUAAACAAGAUCUUAAAGAAUAGACAGAAUCAAAUCACAAAUUAUCUACUAAAAAUAUUUAUAUCAAAGUUUAAGAAUAAUUUACUAAAAUAUGUUUAACCAUUUUAAAAGAUGGAUCAUAUCUAAAUAAAGAUCCUUCUUAAUUAACUCUUUCUUUAAUAGGUUGUGUUAGAAAAAUAUGCGGUUUUAAACAAUCAUUGUAUUCUUUAUAAUUUUAUUGUUAGACCACAAUGCCUUUUAUCAUUAUAUGAUAAUAUCCAACCUAAAUUUCAAGAUUCUAUUGUUGAUCUAUUAUCUAAAUAAACUAAAUAACCAAUCUCAGUUGUUGGAAAAGCAUUUACAAACGAUUUAGACUUUUUCAGCUUAUAAAAUUAUAAAAACAGAGUUCUAUGA